GCUAAUUGUGAUUGGUCCACUCGCGUGCUACCCUCUAACCAUUCCGACCAGAAACAAACACUAGUACUUUGGUAACCCACAACAUUUACGACGCAGGUUUUUUUGUAAUUAUUAAUGUUUUUCAAGAUUAAACGAUUCAGGUAUGUCCUUUCAUCAGGAUCGUGGGGGUCCCAGGGGAGGAAUGCCUCCAGGGCAGCAAGGCUCCCCUCAGGGCUACCGCCCAACCAACUUGAGGCCACCACCUCCCCAGCCUCCUGUCCCCUCAUAUCAUUAUGACCUGCAGACCACUUCCACUUCAAGCUACCAUGGAAGCAGCAGUUACAUGCCCCCACACUCUGACUUCCUGCAGUACCCUCCUCCAGUGCCAUCACCAACCGCUGGCUCGCUCAACCAGUGUCCAAUGCGCCCACCUUUUCCCAAGCUCCCAGUCCGACAGGGCUUCCCUGAUCCCCCACCAAACUUUCCACCUCCUCCCUUGCCCAGCCCUCCAGGUGGUCCUUCACCAGGGGCCCAGGUGACUGCUCAGAAUGCCUAUCCACCUUACAUGAUGCCACCUGUUCCCCCACCGCCAUUGCCACAUCCUCCCAUGCCUCCCCCUAUGGCUUCUCAGUCCAUGAGUUACCACCCUGCCUACUCAAUGAACUACGCCCAUCCUCCCCACCCACCCUUCCCUCCUUCUGCAUACAGUCCUGGUUACACCCAGAACCCUAGCUCAUUCACACUGGAUCAGAGCUUCAGGCAUGGCCAGUACAAAUAUGAGAAGCCAAUGGAUAACAGGAGGUCCCCAGAGAGAGUGUAUCGCCACGAUGACCACCGUCAGAAAGGCUAUGGCUAUGGCAGCCACAGUGAUAGGCAUAAAGUAGAAUUUCCUGGAGAGAGGAAAGAUCGCGGUAGGAGUCCAGACAGACGCAACAGGCCAGACAGUGGAAGGUACAGGUCUGAGUAUGACAGAGGCAGGAGUCCCCCAAGGCACAGAAGCAGGGAUCGCAGCAGAGAGCGUUAUCGUCAUAGAGAAAUUCGGAGAUCCCAGUCACCUGACAGGCACAGAAAGAGGCCUAGGAGUCGGUCAACAAGCAGAGACAGGAAACGUGGUCGUUGGGAAGAGGAGAGGGACAGGCGGUCGGACAGCUCCUCGGGGCUGAGCAAAGAGCGCAGCUUCUCAUCUGUCAGGAACCGGGACACUGAUGAGACCUUCGCUGACAGAGAGCGAGAGAAGGAGAAAGAAAAGGCUGAUGACGAGAAAGAGGAGGAAGAGCUGCUGAAGCCUGCCUGGAUCCGCUGCACACAUGCCGAGAGCUAUUACUCCAACGACCCCAUGGAUCAAGUGGGGGAUUCAACUGUGGUGGGGACCAGUAAACUCCGGGACCUGUAUGGGCUUUUUGAGGAACAAUUAGGCGGGCGACAGGAACGAGCUAAGGCUUGCCGACCGAAAUGGGAGCCACCGAAAACCAAACUGGAUGAGGAUCCAGAUGACAGCAGCAGCGACUCAGACUGUGAGUCAGAUGGUGAAGGAAGCACCUGCUCCAGCAGCUCUGACUCAGAGGUUUUUGAUGUCAUUGCUGAGAUCAAGAGAAAAAAGGCUCAUCCCGACCGCCUGCAUGAGGAGCUGUGGUACAACGACCCAGGACAGAUGAAUGAUGGUCCCUUGUGUAAGUGCAGUGCCAAGGCCAGACGUACGGGGAUCCGCCACAGCAUCUACCCGGGGGAGGAGUCUGUGGAAAAGUGCCGUCUGAUGAACAACAAUACCGGAAGAUUAUUUCACUACAGGAUCACAGUGUCUCCUCCCACCAACUUCUUGACUGACAGGCCGACAGUGAUUGAGUACGAUGACCACGAGUACCUGUUUGAAGGCUUCUCUCUGUUCUCCCACACUCCUCUCACUAACAUUCCAUUGUGCCGUGUGAUCCGCUUCAACAUAGAUUACACCAUUCACUUCAUAGAGGAGAUGGCACCGGAGAACUACUGUGUCCGAGGCCUGGAACUGUUUGCUUCCUACUUAUUCCAGGACAUUCUUGAGCUGUACGACUGGAACCUGACAGGUCCUGAGAUCGACGACGAGUCCCCCGGAUGCCAGCGCUUCCAUUUCAUGCCCCGCUUUGUUCGAUUCCUACCCGACGGCGGGAAGGAGGUGCUGUCCAUGCAUCAGGUGCUGCUCUACCUGCUGCGCAGCAGCAAGCCGCUGGUCCCCGAGGAGGAGAUUGCAGACAUGCUGCAGUGGGAGGAGCUGGAGUGGCAGAAAUACGCUGAGGAGUGCAAGGGCAUGAUCGUCACCAACCCCGGCAUGAAGCCGAGCUCGGUACGGAUCGACCAACUGGACAGGGAGCAGUUCAACCCAGAUGUCAUCACCUUCCCCAUCAUCGUUCAUUUUGGGAUUCGUCCGGCUCAGCUCAGCUACGCUGGAGACCCUCAGUACCAGAAGCUGUGGAAGAGCUACGUGAAACUACGCCACCUGCUGGCCAACAGCCCCAAGGUCAAGCAGCUGGACAAGCAGAAGCUGACGCAGAGAGAGGAAGCUCUUCAGAAGAUCCGUCAGAAGAACACGAUGCGCCGCGAGGUGACAGUGGAGCUCAGCAGCCAGGGUUUCUGGAAGACUGGCAUCCGCUCCGACGUCUGUCAGCACGCCAUGAUGCUGCCGGUUCUCACUCAUCACAUCCGGUACCACCAGUGUCUGAUGCACCUGGAUAAGCUCAUUGGCUACGUCUUCGGGGAGCGCUGCCUUCUUCAGCUGGCCAUGACUCAUCCAAGUCACCACCUCAACUUUGGCAUGAAUCCCGAUCAUGCCCGCAACUCGCUCUCCAACUGCGGUAUCCGCCAGCCCAAGUACGGGGACAGGAAGGUUCACCACAUGUACAUGAGGAAGAAAGGAAUCAACACCUUAAUUAACAUCAUGUCUCGUCUGGGGCAAGAUGACCCCUCCCCCUCAAGGAUCAAUCACAAUGAGCGAUUGGAGUUCCUGGGCGAUGCCGUUGUCGAGUUCCUCACCAGUGUCCACUUGUACUACCUGUUUCCCAGCCUGGAGGAGGGGGGCCUGGCCACAUACAGAACGGCCAUUGUCCAGAACCAGCACUUGGCCAUGCUAGCCAAGAAACUGGAGUUGGAUCGUUUCAUGCUCUACGCUCACGGACCAGAUCUGUGCCGGGAGUCGGACCUGCGGCACGCCAUGGCCAACUGCUUUGAGGCUCUUAUCGGUGCUGUGUAUUUGGAAGGAGGGUUGGAGGAGGCUCGGCAGCUCUUCGGUCGACUGCUUUUCAACACUGAGGACCUACGGGAAGUCUGGCUCAACUACCCACCACACCCCCUGCAGGUGUCCCUCCCCUCUCCUCCCCUGCCCUCCAAGACGAGGAUGAAUCAGCGGAGGCAUUGGGAGCAGCUUUGAUGGGGCUUGAGUGGAUGGGGAUGGCAGCCGCCGAGGCCUGGGUACCGAGCACACACCUGUCUGUGCUACCGGCGCCUCAUGGUUGACGAUCUCAUCUCAUGUCUUUCAUGUUUGCUUGAUUGGCACCGGUGCAUCAUCUGCCCCAGCUCUCCCAAAUCAUUUUGGUAUGAUUUAUGUUUUAACUUUUAAGGAAUCUUGCGUUGGUUUAUUGAGGAGACAUGAAUGUCAGCCCUUUUGGGCCUCACGACCUCUGCUCUAAUUCUGCUUUCCUUCUGGACUGAGCUGAAAGUGAUGCUUUGAACCCUCAUCACUGCUGUUGACUUUUUUCUCCUCUCUUUACUUUCUUUGAAGCUGUGCUGCUGGCCAACCUUCUGAAGCGCAGCUCGAGUGCUGAACUCGACAGAUGUCGUUGGUGGUGAUGCGCGACAUUUAAACGCCUUUUAUUAAUUAAAAGAGGGCAGAAAACGCGGGAAGGAAAUGUUUCUUGUGACAAACUGAAAGACGGAGCCGUGACAUCACAGACGGCACUUGGCACAAUUAAAACGCGCGGUGUAAAAACACAUCUCUGCUUUGUGCUGUGGCUUGACAUGAUCGACACAAAGAAAGCUGUUUAUUUGUCAUUUUCCAUGGAACACAAACAAAGAAGGUGCAGGGAAUGAAAUGUGGCCAUGUUUCCAUCGAAAGCCUUGAACAAAGUGCUCUUUAUUCUUAUUUUUGAGUUACUUUAUAUUGGAGCAAACUAGCAAGGUCAGUUAAAUGUGCUUUAGUUUCUUUUGUCCACAUGAAACUGUUUCUCAGUGUUUCUGUUUUCUCUAGAAACGAUGUCGAACUUCCAGUUGUACCACGCAGAGACCAAUUAGAUGCUUCCAGCAGCCUAAUUAAUGCACCCAUAAGGACAUCUCUUGAUUCUACAAACAUGAAUGCACAUAUUCUCUUAGCAUAUCAUUUCUGUUUCUAAUGAGCACAGGCACGAGCAAAUUCUGUGUUUAAAGGGAGCAGCAUGUUUUCGCUGAAACCACCAAGCCCUACAGCUAAAGUUAAAAGCAUCAUCUGCAGCGAUUUUCACUACUGAAAACCGUUCUUUCAAGACUCAUCAAGUCACGGAGGUCAGGAGCCUCUGAUACAGCUCGCUUUUAGAGCAAGUUGGAAGCUUCCAGAUUUACUGAGUCAUCACGCUGGAUAUUAAUUGUAUCACCAGAUUUGGAGAGAAAGCCAGAAAAGGAGCUGUUUGACUUAAAACUUAAUGACUAAGAGAUUCCAUCUGCUGCAGAUCAUCAGAGUUUGUUUUGAGGCGCAGUGAAAACACACACUAUAAACAGGCCCUCAAGCAGCUCGCGCUGUAGAGGUUCAUUUCGUUUAGGGAAUUUAUCUGUUGGUCUUAUGCAGAACGACUUCACUGAGUGUUCUCGUGUGUGGUUGAAGGAUCCUGGAGGUGAUUACACCAUCUAUUCACUAGUUGGGGUAAAUAAAGAUGUGUCUGCUCCUGUUUUCCUUCUGCUUUAAAUUGAUAUUAGCCUGUCUAGAAUAAUAUAUAAAACACUUUUAAUGUGCCUCAUUCCCACGGCGAACAUCACAUCACAUCCGUACACACAUUAGUCACUCCAACCUUCUCUAUUUCUCCAGAUUCGCCCACAAACGUAAAUCCGUCAUUGUUUCUGAUGAUGUUUCCACAUUUAUUGAAUCUACGACUCGCGUCACGCGGCCAAACGUUCGCAGACUUUGCGCGCGUGAUUGUAGAACAUCCCGGCUCAUUACCGCUGAGCCGCAGCUGCGUUGGCGAGGCCAGCACUGAAGUUGGGUGAAAGGAUCUCAGCUGGUAGUGAAGUUCAUUGACGAGGUACCAGGUGGGUUGAGGUCAGAGGUCAGAAGUCUGUGGAGGCCAUAGCAGAACAGUUACAGCUUCUAUUUUUGGAGCGAGCUGUGCACAAGGGAGCAUUGUCAUCUUGAAACAGGAACAUUCAUGGAACCACAGACCUAAUCAGAACCUCAAACUGUGUAUUAAAAUAUAUAAUGAGUGUGCAUUGUCCCCUGGUAGAACAAGCAUUUACCUU